UUUGCUAGGGCACUUUACUGACUCCUGUUCUAGUCAUCCACUGAGUAAUCCUGAAGAAAUGGAAGAAAAAGAUGCCUUGGGAGUCAAGAGGGCAGCCCUGAGACGUCUGCAGGCUGAGCUGGGCAUCCCGCAGGACCAGGUUUCUCUAGAGGACAUCCUGUUUAUGACAAGAUAUCACUAUAAGGCAAAAUCUGAUGCAGUCUGGGGAGAACACGAAGUUUGUUACCUUCUGCUUGUCAUGAAAGACGUCAAGAUCAGUGCAGAUCCGAGUGAAGUCAGUAGCUUCAGCUACCUGACUCGAGAGGAAGUGGAAGCGCUCCUAGAAAGGGGGGCCCAGGGUGAAGUCCAAGUCACCCCCUGGCUGAGAAUCAUUGUGGAGAGGUUCCUGUAUGCAUGGUGGCCUUGCUUAGAUGAAGUGACACAGUUUGUAGAGCUUGACAAGAUACACAGAGUGUAAGGAGCAUGAAGUCAGACACUGGCUGUGAGGAUGCCCCAGUCUAGGGCUGAGCUCAGAGUUGACCCACGGCUCAGAUGCUACUGUGCACCUGGACCAAACCAGGGAAGGUCUCUCACUUUCCAGAACUCUAUGAAUCAUAAUCAUUAUCAUUAACUCUCAAUCUUUUUUCUUUUCUUUUUUGACAUAGGGCCGUGUAUCCAAGACCAGUCUCAAACUUAUUGUGUAGCCUAGGAUGAUUUUGUAUUUCUGAUCCUCCUGCCUCCACUUCCCUUGGCCCUUGACUGCAAGGCAUACACCACUCUGCCUGCUUGGUGCUGGACAGAGAACCCACAGCUUCACGCGUACCACACAAACACGCUGCCAACAGCUAUAUCCCAUUCCGUGUUUUCUUGCCUUUUUUUUUUUUUUAGUUGCUUCAUUUCUUUAUUUUCAACUGCCUCAGUGCAGGGAAGAAAUGUAUUGUUUUCCCUAAAUAAGAAAGGGGGUGGGGAACUAGAGAGAUGGCUCACCAGUUAAGAGCACUGAUUGCUUUUCCAGAGGUCCUGAGUUCAAUUUCCAGCA